AUGACGAACCCUGUAGCGACAGCCCUCAGGUUUUUGCAGGGUCUGGGUUUGAUCCAUGUGGACCUCAAACCUGAAAAUAUCAUGUUGGUGGACCAUGUGUCAAGUCUCCAGGUGAAGCUCAUUGACUUUGGGGUGGCUCACUCACAUAUUUCCUCUGCCCGCUCCUCUCUCAUCACCACAGCCGGACUCCAGGGCGUGUCUCCCGGACUUUAUCAUCCACGUUCAACGUUUUUUGCCCCGGUUGUGUCCCGGUUUGGCGCAGUUUGGAUCGCUUUUUGGGAACCGCAUCACUCACCGAGGAGCGAGGACCAGGGAAGCCUGAGGAGUUCACUGCGUCCGGGCAACUCCAGACAGGUCCCAGGUAGGAAGAGCUUUAUUGAAGUCUUAGGUGAUGAGGUGAUGGUGCCGGAGAUGGCCCUGGUGGACUGUAGUGCCCCCUGUGGUCACUGUGUGCUGCGGCGCUGUGUGAUGAAGGCUGCGUUUGGCCUCUACUGUUGGAUUUGGGUGCUGCUGUUAGGAGUUGGGUCUCUGCUGCUGCUGUCCAGACUGCAAGAGCCUCCCAAGCCCAUCCAACACCAAAACACAGGUGCAAGCUCCCAGUUGUCCGUCGACCCCCGGUGGCCGAUGGAGAAGAGUGAUGCACCCUUUCACUCCACUGCCGUCUCUUCUUCUCCACUUCAGCUCAACCCCAAACCUUCGGUCACCAAACGCCAUCGCAAACUCCUGCUCAAACGCACUGACUACUCCCCCUACAGCGCCCCCUACAGCGCCCCUUACACUCCGGACUACUAUGCUCUCGCUGCUGUUCAGGAAUCACGCCGAAAUAGUCUGUUCGACGUCUGCUCGCGGUACCAGCCUGACGUCUCUGUACGCAAGAUGAGCCAAAGGCAAAUAUCGCGCAUUUAUGUUGAAGAUCGCCAUCAGUUGCUGUACUGCGAAGUUCCCAAGUCCGGAUGCUCAAACUGGAAGCGCGUUUUGAUGGUUCUUAAUGGACAAGCUCGCACAGCAUUGGACAUUCCACACGAUAAAGUGCACUACUCAAACAAGCUACGAAAACUGGAAACCUAUGACCGGGCUGGCAUUGAAAAACGGCUAGAAACAUACACGAAAAUAUUAUUCGUACGGGAGCCUUUCGAAAGAUUGGUCUCUGCUUUUCGUGAUAAAUUUGAAAAUCCAAAUUCAUACUACCAUCCUGUUUUUGGACGCGCGAUAAUUUCCAAAUAUCGCGUUAAUGCUUCUCGGGCAGCGUUAAAAACGGGAGCAGGGGUAACGUUCCAAGAGUUUGUGCAGUACUUACUGGACAUAAAGAGACCAGUUGGUAUGGAUAUCCACUGGGAACCUGUCAGUCAACUGUGCAGUCCAUGUCUUAUGCGCUACAACUUCAUCGGAAAAUUCGAAAAUCUACAAAAAGAAGCAAAUUUUUUGUUACGGAACAUCAACGCACCCAAAAAUCUCACAUUUCCGGAUUUGAAAGACAGGAAUCCUCUUGACGAAAGGACUUCAGCGAAAAUAACUCAGCAAUAUUUUGCACAACUCAACGCAAGGGAAAGACAAAAAGUGUAUGAUUUCUACUACAUGGACUACCUGAUGUUUGACUAUCUAAAGCCUUUCAAGGACCUGUACUAA